UCUUGAGCAUGACAAGAAUCCACAUUCUGCCCAAUCCGGUGCUCGUAGCAAGUUUGCCCUGGGCCUAAGAGUAAGAAUUCAGAAAGAUUGUUGCAUCUUGAUGCCCUUUUUCAUCAUUAUUUCAGUGAAGGGAACUGUCUUUGGGUCAAACAUCAUGGAGACUUCCCACAGUGAUGAUGAUAAAGCUGAGGUAUCAUCACCAGCAUGUCUUGUACUACCAGUCAAUCCACUACCAUCAACUUCAUCAGAUCAACGACAGGCACUUGGUAAAGCAGCGAAGCGCAAAGCUAGGAAACCAAAAUUUGUUCAAGAUACAAAGUCAGCGAAAAUCCUGACUGACUUUGCAGAAUGCAGUGACGUAAAACAGGAGAUGUUGGACAGUACUGAUGAUGUCAUAGAAGGCGAUGUCAGUGAAGCAUCAGAAGCCCAGGAUACACAGGAGAGUCUUGCUAGUCCAUCCAGAGGAAUGCCCUGUGAAGAAGUACCAAUUGACCCUGUGACUCAGUCUUGGUUCACCAGUAGAGACUCCAAAGACAACCUCUCCAAGAAAGGUCAUAAGUGGAAGCAAGGCAUGUGGUCAAAAGAAGAAGUCGACAUCUUGGAAAGAAACAUUGAGGAAUAUCUUAAGAUUCGGAAACUUGGGGAUGCUGUCUCGGUGAUUUUCCAGAUGAGUAAGGAGGAGAGGAAAGAUUUCUACCGUUUCAUAGCCAAGGGACUGCAGAGACCCUUAUUUGCUGUCUACAGGCGUGUCAUUCGCAUGUAUGACUCCAAAAACCAUGUUGGCAAGUACACUGCUGAGGAUAUACAGAAGCUUAAAGAGUUACGAGCCAAGUAUGGCAAUGAAUGGUGUGCAAUAGGUGCUGAGAUGGGUCGCAGUGCUGCUUCUGUCAAGGAUAAAGUUAGGCUACUCAAAGAUCGAUGUCAUCAAGGCAAGUGGACCAUUAAUGAGGAACAGAUGCUUGCAGAGGCUGUCUACUCCCUGUCUAAGGCUGCACCUGGUGAGAGUAUCACUACUGGCAUCUCCUGGUCACAGAUAGCUGCUAAGGUACCCACCAGAACAGAGAAACAGUGCCGAGCUAAGUGGCUCAACUAUCUCAACUGGAAACAUGCAGGUGGAACUGAGUGGACCAAAGACGAUGACAACAAGCUACUUGACAGAUUACUGGAAAGUGAUGCAACAAAUGACAACCAAGUGAAUUGGGAGGAGUUAGCUAAGAAUUGGAGGAGUGUUAGGUCCCCUCAGUGGCUACGCUCUAAAUGGUGGAUGCUCAAGAGACAUGUCCCAGGACAUGAAGAGAUGAACCUUGCUGCACUAGUUGAACACCUACGUACCAGCCCCAUGGGUUCCAGACAUAUGAAGCCACUGCGUGGAUCUAAAUGCAUGACACGAGACAUCAAUGUAUCUGUCCCUAUGGCCACAUUAACAGUUCCAAUGGGAACUACAUCAGAGCAGGUUGAUGUGUAUCAGUAUGAGGUCUUGGAGACAUCUAUGGGUCUGACACCAUCUAGUACAUAUGUCAUCCAGAGUACUGCACAUCAAGGGGAGGCAAGCACAGCAGAGGGAUACAUUGUUGCCAAUUUACAGGGAGAGCAAUUACAAAGCAAUGACAAUGUGACAGUACAUCUGAAUCACUUGAAUCGUCGACUCCUUCCAUCAGGCCAGAUUGUCAUUUCAGCUGUUUCCAAACAUCCUGUCCUGUCCACUAAUCCUAGAAGUGGAUCCUCAACCAUGGACUAUGUGGCUGUGUCUGCCAAGAGAGGUCAGCAGCCUGCACUAGCUGGAAAUGGAGAAGACAAUAUAGAUGGUCUUGUACGACUCCCAGUCCGAAUCAGCAUAGAACCGCCCACAGACAUUGAUAACCAAUCAGAUCCAUCUGAGGAAAACUCACUCAACCAGCCACAGCUGAUCACCAGCCAUGAUGGACAACUGUCUGGUGACAUCAGCCAAUCAGAACAGUCAGAAGACAAUCCUCUCAACCAAUCAGAAAUCAUCAGAGGCCAUGACAGUCGGCUGACAGGUGAUAUGAGCCAAUCAGAUCAAUCGGAGGAGCAUUCGCUAAGCAACCAAUCACAGUUAAUAGGAACUGAUGCUGUUCUUACACAGCAGGACAUGGUGCCUGAGGUCAGUGAAGAACCAGAGACCCAGCUAGUCAUUGUGAACACGGCGCCUUCUACUGGUUUGAUGCAGCCUGUGGGAUCAGUGGAUGAUACGCAACUUGCUGCUGGUGUCUUCUCACUCUCAGGUCAGAUACUACAAAGUCAGUCAGAUGGCUCGGAUUUACUGGAGUCUCCAACUAGUGUGGAAUCCAUGACUAGAGAGAAGCUGAGUAGUCCUUCAUCUUCAGAGUUAUCUUAGUUCUUAUGCAUCUGUGCAGAGGGCUGACAGAGAUGCUGCGUGUGAAGUUUGUAACCUUUCAUUCCAGAGCAUAGUGCAUGCCAAAUGAACAGACCUAUGUUCUUUAGUUGAGUCGUUAGGGAACUUCUCCUUCUUUAACUGCCAUUUCAUGGUCAUCAGUGGCAGAUCUGUUUUGCUAUUAUCAUAAAGUGCCCAUGUUUGUUCUUGUUUUUAUUAACUGUACAACAAAAGAAUGUCUGGUCCACACCUAGCAUUUUUAACCAGUCCAGUGUUUUUUACUUUUCUCUUUUUGGGGGGGGGGAUUGUUUGGAUUUUGAGGGUUUUUUUGUGUUUAAUAUCAUAAAACAUCAAGUACAAAUUCCUUCUUACAAUGUUGAAAUUGUCAGACAUGAAAUUGAGCAUGUUCAGUUCAUCGAGCAUCUCAUUUUGUUGUCUUGGUGGGUUUUUUUUUUGGGGGGGGGCUGGACCAAAGGGCCAGCCUUUUUUAUUUACUGCACGAUGACUGGCUGACAGACUGACUGUGUCACAAGGAAUCAAUAAUAUCCUAAAAAGAGACGUUUGCAUCCAGCUCAAUGAAGCAAGCCUGGUCUUGUGUUUCUGUUGACAAUUCUCUGGUUUUAUCUCUUGUAAACAUGUCGCUUACAAAUUUAUAUAAAUGUGUUACAUUUUCGAAUGGAAAUGGAGACUUAUUAUUAUUCCCAGAAAAUGUGCGUAACCACACUGGAAGAUGUUUUUGAUGUUAAUUGAUGUUUAUUUAUGUUAUAAUCCAUUUUUCUUAAUCUAUUAAUCGACUAUAUAAACAUACAAUAAAAGCCUGUGGUUUAAAAAGGAAUGUAUAUUUACUUGCUACAUGUACAUGAUUAUGUUAUUGAUAAGUGCUUUUGCAAGUCAAAAGUGGGUACAUGUAUCUGAAUAAACAGGCACAAUCUUAAUAGCACCAUAUGGUGUUUUGUUCAAACAAGUAAAGUUUGUAUCAUCCACGUAUUAAUAUGUACUGCUUGUGUAACUUUACCAAUAAAGACAUGUGUUGCAUAUUGCAUCAUGUAAUUAGGACAGCAAGCAAAAUCAUUAUAACAUUACCUAAAGGUGAAAAAAAAACAAAAUAUUCUCUGUA